AUGACCAUGGGGGCUCCGUCCGACAAGAAGUGCUCGCAGAGGAACAGGAUCAAGUACACACCGGAACAGUUGGAACGUCUGGAGAGGGAGUUCGGUAUUUCCCACUACCCUGAUACCGCCACCAUGGAGGACUUGGCCCUGGGAUUAGACGUCAGCCUCGACCGGGUGUCAAUUUGGUUCCAAAACAGACGUUCCAAGUUCAAGCGUCAGUCUAAGGAAAGUCACGUGACGUGGAUGAGGAAACAAAUUUUUAACCAGGACACAGCUCCCGCUCCCAGUAACAUCGUCCAACCAAAGUUCGUGUCCAGGCGUCACGUUCUAUCGGCACCUACGUACCCCAUCACUAGUAGACGCGACCUGUCGUGGCACAGACGACCAUCUUCCAAUCUCCAUUAUCUACCGCCGACACAUGUCAUGUACGAUCAGCUGGCUGAUGUCCCCCAUCAGCUGCCAUCAUCGAGUGGAAAUGGCUACCCAGCACCACCAGAAACAGCUUUCUAUCCAUACUCUCAGUGCCCCGCAGAAAACUCGCCUCCCCAAUCACCACCCUUGUCGCCGCUGAUGACGUCACCACCCUUGUCGUCGCCGAUGACGUCGUCACUGCAAUCACAGUCGCUGACUCUGUCGCAACUGAUGAGUGAAGGUCAUCAGAUGGUUUCCGCCACCAGCUCUUACCAGAUAUGUGCCGAUCAAGCCCCGCCCAGCUGUGUGUUCGCCGACCAUUAUAACCCCAUGCCUUUCUACCCGGCUUGCUCAACUCCUUUCUCGUCCCGCCAACAGCUGUCCGGAGUGUGA